GCCUACUUGAUUUUACUGGCUCCAAUGGUCCUUUGACCAAGACUCAAUCGCUACGAAUCAAUUUCCUUAUCAUCCAUAUCUGUUACUAUAUACAAGACCACUACCGCGUCGUUACUUUACCGAUCAAUUCAUGAUGUCAACUCCUUCGAUCCCACCUCGUCCGAACCGGGGACAGAACCUCGACCCUUCGAGAGCUAUGGAAACUCCUAGCAUACCUCCCCGACCGAAAGGGAAGCGCGGUGAUAAUCGUUCCGUCUCCCCGGGUCGCACGUUUGCUCGGUCGCCUCUGAAUGACCCCUCAUUCGUUCAUACCAAAGGGAAAAAGCCAACUAGUGAUGAUAAUACCCAGAUCCGUCGGCCUCCAAGUGUGUCACAGCUUCCCUCGAUAGGCCAGGAAGGUCAUGAAUAUAUGGUCAAUGAUCUUCAUCCCGAAGAUGCUUCACCGCCCGAGCAGACAAAGUCUGUUAGUAGAGAUCUACCUCUACACGCUCCCACAGCGUCGGUGUCUGCUGCAACUGCUAAAGCCAGAAUCUCUGGUGUCACUCGUCCCGAACCUACAUCUUCGAGAGGUGAACUCGAAGUGAAAGCUCGACAGGCCAAUUCACAACGCUCUGGGUCUUCAGCUGGAGAUGUUUCACGCCCAGCAUCGAUGAUAAAAGAUGACGAUGAACACGGCAUUCCUCAAAUAGGUUUUCAUGUACCCAUGUAUCCGAACGCUGGAGAUGUUCAGGCUCCGACCCCGUCUCAAUUGCCUCAGCAUGGUUCUACUGGGGUCGGAUUCUUUAACAAUGGAGCCCAUCGAGAGGGUCGACAGCACACUCGUACCAAGAGCGGCCGGAAAGUCUUUCAGGGGCCUCCGGGAAGCUAUGGUAUGCACGGUCAUGGAAUGGCUCCACGUGACCCAUUAGAGAAAUCUUGGUACGACAAGCAUCCUGAGGACGCGAAGAAAGAAGCAAUGGGCGAAUAUGGUCCUAAGAUUCAAGACAAUCGCAAAGAAUACCAUAUGAGUCAGGAUGAUCUGAAUAAAUUGGUGCACCAUCGACUCGAUGCUGGCACACCUGCAGAAGAAGUUGGCUAUAAAGUUUCUGAAGAAUACCAAUCGCGCAUGGCCUCUCCCGCCAUUAGUACGGAGAACCUAGCCCCGAAUCCCUCCCAGAACCAUCUAGAAUCCCCACUUCGCAAGGUCGAAUCGAACACUACAGAGAAGAAUGAUGUUAUUCUCGGCGAAAAGUUGGGAGAUCUUUCCCGCACUAGAACAAGUGCAACCGUUGGUGAAAGCCGGGAAAGUCUUGACCUUGUUCGGACCAAGACCCAGGAAGAUCGCUGGGCGGAGGAGCAUGGAUACCAUGCACCAAUUCUCGCAGCUGACGAAGUUGCGAAGCACGAGUUUCCUGAAUUUAUGCAACCCGCUGUGUCUCCAGAAUUCGACCGUGAGCGACGGCGCAGUGCUGAAUUUACUCAUGGCGAGCACUCUCUGCGAAAAGUGAACAGCCGACCAGAAAGUCGUAACAACGGCUCUCUCAAUAAUUUGUCACGAUUUUCAAGUCGCGAGCAAAUCGAGGGUAUUCAUACACCACUUGACAAUGUUCAAGAGUAUGAGCCGCUGUUCCCAGAGGACGACGAUGAGAAACUAUCAAAGAAAAAACCGAAUGCGGUGGAGAAGUUAAAGAGACCUGAUCUGGCUCGUUAUCACUUUCCAAGUCAAGAUGUGUGGGAAGACGCGCCAUCUCAUGUUCAUUUGUCCACAACGGUCGAGACCCCCGAGCCAGAGGCAGAGGAGGAGAUUGGAACCGAAGAGACUUCGCCUAGAAAGGCUUUCGAAAAGCCUGAGGAUGAAGCAGCUCGUAAAGAAACUAUUACGAAGCAAGAUCAGCUUAACUUCAUACCCGAGCAAACUAAGAAGCUAGCUAAAACCCAUAUAACUGCCGCUAUCAUGGCAGAUAUGCCUACUAGACCUGGUUUGAAGCAAAGGUUCCCAAGCCGUGACAUCUGGGAAGAUGCGCCCGAUGAUGUGCAUCAGUACACAACAGUGGAUACACCUGAAGAUGAGCUUGAUCGACAGCUUGAGCCUAUGUCACCCGACGACGUACCAGAUAUACCAACAGUGCCUGCCCGACCAACAAAGAGUAAAGCAGCUGAUGGUGUAUCGCCCGAGAAGAAAGCGCCUGUUGUGCCUGGUCGACCAAAGCCACAAAUACCUGCACGGCCAACGCGUGCGUUUCACCGUGCUUCCGACGAUUCUGAUCCCUUCGAAAAGACUGUCUCUACUGAAAGCGCAGAUAGUACCGGUAGUGGUGAAGCUAGCACAACGAAGCAAAAACCCCAAAUUCCUACCAGACCAGGCGGAAGCAAGUUAGCAGCUCUAAAAGCAGGCUUUAUGAGUGAUCUCAAUAGCCGCUUACAACUUGGCCCUCAAGCCCCUAAAGUUAAGGAACCUGAGAAAGAAGAAGAAUCUGAGAAGGCGGUGGAGCCAACACCGCUAGCAGAUGCCAGGAAAGGGCGAGCCAAAGGUCCAUCAAGACGCAAACCUGGCGUCUCGCCAUCCGGGAUUGCUCCAUCUACGGCGCCUCAGACUGUGACGCCUGUUUCAUUCAGCGUUUCCGCACCCCGAAGUAUCUUCUCUAUCUCUAAUGAGGGCGUACUGAGCGUGCCAACUCAUGAUGAUGGUACUCUAAACGUGACGGGCCAAUCAGCUCCUUCACAAACAUCACAAAUUAUAGCUGAGGUACCUCUAGAACAGGACCCUGCAUCUACUAUUAAUGCUGUUGACGCUGCUGAUGGCGUCAAUCUUACCAAGGCACCUACAGCUGAGCAGAGUACACAGACUGGCCAACUUGAUAUUCGGAUCUCCUCGCCCACCGGCGAAAAGGAGAACGUUACCGCGUAUGUUGGUGGCAAUGCUCACGAGGAUGGUGAUGUUGUAAUAGACAAGGACGGAGUGGAACAUGUUAGCGGAAAAUCAGCUCCAGCAUCACCUACGGUUUCGAAUGCUUCGGCCAAACCCGUUGUCAAUGAGCCUGACACUAUAGAGCAGAAAACAACUGAUGGCGAGGCUUGAGAGGUGUCAUAAUAUUUCACCGGUAUUUGGCGUAUGGUAUUGUCUAUGUAACACUCACUCAUCCAUAUGUAUGGUAUUUACUGCUUGUCGCUUCCAUCAAGUGAAGGCAUCAUUCGCCUCAAUAUAUAGUAGUGAAUAUUAUAGGCAAUGACAGAUACCUGUUGGAAAUCCGCGUCAGGUUAGUGCGGUGUGAUCAUGUCAGGUGUCUAA